CAGGUCAAUAAAAAAAGCUAUACCCAUCAAAAUGAUUCCUCAUCGAGAAGCAUCUAAGGGGGAGCCUAUGAGGAAUAUAAUCCAAAGUACUAGCUUAUUUAUUUAUUUUUUAAAUGUACGCCCAAGUUGAAACUAAAUUUUAGAUAAUAUUAUUUUAGAAUUUUAUUAUAUAUUCUUUUUUCAUAUUUUAGUAUAUUUAGUUAAUUUAAGAAUAUUUUCAUAUUUGUGAAGGCUCUGAAAUUCACUUGACCAGAAAAUUAAACAUUGAAGAAGUUUUUUUUUUUGAUACCGAAAGACAUGUAGUUAAAUAGUAUAAUCUAUUCAUUCUCACAAAAGAACAAUUGAAAUAAGUCGUAAUCACCAAACAAUAUUUGAAGCAUUUAUGAUUAAGUUUUCCCAUAACUAAGUGUGUGUACAUUUACCCUUUCAUGUCCUUAUUUUGUGUUUAUAUUCUUUUUUUUUUUUUUUUUUUUCCCCAUCUUUUUUACUAUAUUAAUUUGAUUUACUUUUAACUUUUUUUUCUUGUCCCAAAAAUUUAAAUUUCCAUUUUUUUAAAAAAAAAAAAAAAAAUUCAAAGAAGACAUUUUUACCACUAAGCUUGACUUCUUCCUUCUUAAUCAAAAUAUGGAAACAUUGAAGAGGCUUCAAAGAAAACAAUUUAAGAAUAUUUUCAUAAUUAUACAAAAAAAAAAAAAAAAAGGAGACCUAUAAAGUUGGUUCCUUUGUGAAGUUUAUGCAAUUCACUUGACCAGAAAAUUAAAGAUUAAAGAGAUAGUUAAAUGGUAUAAUCUAUUCAUUCUCUCAAAAGAACAAUUGUAAUAAAUCCUAACCACAUCACAAUUUAAUCACAAAACAAUAUUUGAAGCAUUUAUGAUUAAGUUUUCCCCCCUUCCAAGUGUGUACAUAAGUUCAAUACAUUUACCCUUUCAUGUCCCUAUUUUGUGUUUAUAUUCUUUUUUUCUUCUUCUUUUUUACUAUAUUUAUUUGUUUUUGUUUUCAGGUAAAUUUUAGUUUUUUUUAGUAAAUUAUUUUUGUUUGAUUUAUUCGAAUGAGAGAACCUUUUCAAUCUCUGAUUUGUUACCAGAAAAUUUGCUCUACUUUUAACUUUUUUUAUUGUCCCAAAAAUUUUAAUUUCCAUUUUUUUUUAAAAAAAAUACUUGCAAGAAAAAGAAUUUACCACUAAACUUUACUUCUUCUUCCUUCUUAAUCAAAAUAUGGAAACAUUGAAGAGGCUUUUCACUGCUGCGUCUCUCUCGCUCUCUCCAGACACUUCACAGUCGACUUUCUCCCUGUUCAGUCUCUCUCAGCACUCUUCACAGUUACUCUCUCUCUCUCCUUUGAGGAAGAAAAGAACUAGCCUUGGCGCACGGGUGGAGCAUUUCUCUUGGCUUGUUAUAAGAAGUGUGGCGAACCGACCCCUUCGUUAAGUGCCAGCAUCUGAAGAUUAGAAGAAGCUCUUCAUAGCUACUCGAUCUCCUCUUCUUGCACUCUCACUCUUUACUAAGAAGAUGGCUGAAUUGGUUGUUGGAGCACUUCUCUCGGCUUCUUUUGACUUGCUGUUUAAUCGGCUGGAUCAGCUGGCUUCUCGCGAGUUCAAAAGCUUCUUUUCCAAACAAAAAUUGGAUGAUGAACUCGUACAUAAGCUGAAGAUGACUUUGUUGGCCCUUAAAGCACUGCUGGAUGACGCUGAGGACAAGCAGAUUACCAACGAAAAUGUGAAAAAGUGGCUUGAGGAGCUCCAACAUGUUGUCUACCAAGCUGACGACUUGCUGGACGAAAUCGCUACCAAGGCCUUGAGGGACAAGUUGGAAUCAGAUGAUCAACCCCAAACCCAAAGCACCACAAGUAUGGUUGGUUUGACUCGAUCUUUCCAUCUAAUGAAGCAAUUUCUGUUGAGAAUGAAUUGUUUCGCCUCCACUUCUGCUUAUCUAUCUGAUGAAGCCAUAGAUUUCCGGAUGAAAAAGGUCAUCAGUAUGUUGGAGGGGUUUGUCCAGCAAAACAAUUCUCUUGGACUGAGAGAGAAUGUCGGAAGAAAACAGUGGAAAACACAAGAAACUUCUUCUCUGGUAGUUGAAUCUGAUGUCUACGGGAGGAAUACCGAUAAAGAGAAGAUAAUGAAAUUGGUGCUACCUGACAGUUCAACCAAGGAACAGAUUCAUGUGAUCCCUAUUGUUGGAAUGGGGGGGAUGGGCAAGACGACACUUGCUCAACUCGUAUAUAAUGAUGCUAGAGUAACUCAGGAAUUCGAUAUGAAAGCAUGGGCUUGCGUUUCUGAUCCAUUUGACAUUAAAACGAUAACAAAGAAAAUUCUUGACGGUGUUACUAGAUCAAACAAUGACAUCGAGAGCCUCGAUGAACUUCAAAUUAAGUUGAAAGAGACUCUCAAAGAGAAGAAAUUUCUAAUUGUCUUAGAUGAUGUUUGGAAGCAUGCUUACGAUGAUUGGAAUCGUUUAAGAAUACCAUUCAGUGAUGGAGCACAUGGAAGUAGAAUUAUUGUAACAACACGCAUUGACGAUGUCGCAUCAGCAAUGGGCACCAUUCCUAGUCAUUGCUUGGAGGAAUUAUCAUUUAAAGAUUGUUGGUCAUUAUUUGAAAAGCAUGCAUUUCAGAGUGGAGAUUGUAUGGCUCAUUCAGAACGAAAGAUCAAGAUUGGCGAACAAAUUGUGCAGAAGUGCAAAGGCUUGCCCUUAGCAGUAAUAUCACUGGGAGGUCUCUUGCGUUCUAAACAGGAUAUGGAGGGCUGGAAAGAAAUAUUAGAAAGCCAGGUGUGGCAUUUGGAGAGCAACGUUUCUCCGGCUCUGCAAUUGAGCUAUAAUGAUCUUGCUUCACAUUUAAAGCGAUGCUUCGUACAUUGUUCAAAAUUUCCUAAAGAUUACAAUUUUGAGAAGGAAAAGUUAGUUCGACUGUGGAUAGCCGAAGAUCUUGUACAGCAACCCAAAAGCAAAAAAUCAGUGGAAGAUGAAGGUCAUUCCUACUUUCUUCAACUAUUAUCAAGGUCUUUCUUUCAGGUAUCAAGUGAUGACAAUUCCUAUUUUGUAAUGCAUGACCUAUUCCAUGAUUUAGCUCAACAUAUAUCUGGAAAGUUCUGCUUUUGGUUGGAUGAUGAUAAGCCACUUGAUUGUAAUUGUGAAAAAGUUCGUCAUUUCUCAUAUGUUCGGAGCAAAUAUGAUGCAUUUGAGAAAUUCAAAGUUGUUAAUGAGGCGAAAAGCCAUUUACGAACUUUCAUAGGAUUUUCAAAACGUGGCCAAUCUUUCUUGGGCAAUAAGUUUCUACAUGAUAUGUUGCCAUACCUGAGAUGCUUAAGGGUGUUAUCUCUGUCUCGAUAUAAGAUUCAUGAAUUGCCUCAGUCGAUUGAAAAUUUGAUACAUUUACGCUAUUUGGAUCUUUCUUUUACAAAAAUCAGUCGGUUACCUGAUUCAGUAACAACCUUGUGCAACCUACAGACAUUGGACUUGUCAUAUUGUAGAAACCUCAUUGAAUUGCCCGUCAACAUGGGAAAACUAAUAAAGUUGCGCUAUCUUGAUAUAACAGAAACUAGAUUGACUGAGAUGCCAACGCAAGUGAGCAAAUUGAAAGAUCUCCAACAUUUAACAAAUUUUGUAGUUGGCAAGGAUGGUGGGUCAAGAAUUAGUGGGUUGAAGGAACUUUGUGAACUUCGGGGGCAACUCUGCAUUUCAGAGCUUCAAAAUGUAACCAGUGGUCUAGAGGCAUCAGAGGCAAAUCUAAAAGGAAAGAAGCAUCUUGAAGGGUUAGAGCUGAAAUGGGGCAGCGAUACUGACAAUUUACAAAAUGAAAGAGUUGUACUAGACAACCUACAUCCUCAUGAUGGAGUGAAGCAUCUCCGUAUCAUUAACUAUGGUGGCAAAAGAUUUUCAGAUUGGUUAGAGAAAGGUAAUUCGUUUCAUGACAUGGUGUCCUUGGAUCUUAUAGGCUGUGAAAAUUGCUCUUCUUUGCCAUCAAUUGGGCAGUUACCCUCUCUAAAAUAUUUAACAAUUGAAAGCAUGAAUGCAAUAAGGAAGGUCGGUGGGGAGUUCUAUGGGAAUGCUUCUUCUUCAAUCAAACCGUUUAAAUCUUUGGAGACACUAAGGUUUUAUAAAAUGGCAGAGUGGGAGGAGUGGGAAGCAUCAGGGAUUAAAGAGUUCUCUAGCCUUAUAGAGUUUUCUAUAGACAAUUGUCCCAAGUUGACCAGUGAAUUAUCUAUCCGCUCCCCAAUCCUAACAAAGCUUAACAUUUCCGGAUCCAAUCAAGUUAGGCUGUUACUGCAAGGACUUCCUUGCAUUCAGGAGUUGAAGAUUUCAAAUAUUCCAAAUUUGACGGAAUUGCCCCAACAACUACAACACCUGUCUUCUGUUCAGGAGUUGAAGAUUUCAAAUAUUCCAAAUUUGACGGAAUUGCCCCAACAACUACAACACCUGUCUUCUGUUCAGGAGUUGAAGAUUUCAAAUAUUCCAAAUUUGACGGAAUUGCCCCAACAGCUACGACACCUGUCUUCUCUUCAAAAAUUGGAGAUUUCAAAUAUUCCAAAUUUGACGGAAUUGCCGCAGCAAAUGCAACACCUGUCUUCUCUACAGGAAUUGGAGAUUUCAGGGAUGUCAAACUUGAAGGAAUUGCCACAGGAGUUGUGCCGAUUAGUAAAUCUUGAAAGGUUGAAGAUAGAGGAAUGCCGGAGGCUUGUGUCAUUUCCGGACAUGAGGCUGCCGCCGAAGCUUAAGACGCUGGAGAUCAAAAGAUGUGAAGGUCUACAGUCCCUAGCAUCAGAGGAAAUCAUCAACAAUUGUCUUGAAGAGUUGCGUAUCUCUGAUUGUUCAUCUCUUCUUCAGGUGUCUUUGCCCAUCGCUACAUUGAAAACACUUGACAUCUCCUCCUGUAGGAGAUUAGAGUUUCCCCUGUCCGAGGAGAUGAAGGAGUAUAAUUACUCCACAUCCAUUGAAGUUUUGAGUAUUAAUGAAAGCUGUGAUCUUCUCAAGUCGCUGUGGUUAGGCUUCUUUCCAAAGCUUCGUGAUCUCUACAUCAAGUCGUGUAUGGAUUUGGAAACGCUCUUGAUCCCAACCAUGCUUCAACAUCUGAUAAACCUUGAAAUAAAGAAUUGCCCUAAAAUGGUAUCCUUUCCCCAUGGUGGUGGAGAUGGAGGAGGAUUAUUGGCCAUUCCCAAUCUCAUGUAUUUGACAAUCUGGGGUUGCGAGAAUCUGAAGCGGCUACCGCAUCAAAUGCACACCCUCCAAUCUCUUCAUAAUUUUCAGAUACAAGAAUGUCCAGAAGUUGAAUCAUUUCCAGACGAAGGUUUGCCAUCCAACUUAAGGAGACUUGAUAUCAUUAAUUGCAAUAAACUGAUGAAGGGCCGGAUGAGGUGGGAUUUGCAGCAAAAACUCCCAUCUCUUGAAGAAUUCAGGAUCGGCGGUGAAAGUGAAGAAGAAGAGUUGGAGUCAUUUCCGGAUGAGUGCCUGUUGCCCACCACUCUUACUAGACUUGACAUCUGGGACCUUUCAAAUCUGAAAGCACUGAACCACAAGGGCCUUCAACACCUCACCUCUCUUACAGACCUACACAUCAGUUUUUGCCCUAAGCUCCAGUCCUUGCCAGAAGAGGGGCUGCCCAACUCCCUCUCUUACCUGGACAUAUUCGGAUGUCCAUUUCUGAAACCACGUUUCCAAAGGGAGAAAGGGGAAGAUUGGUCCAAGAUUUCCCGAAUCCGCCACAUAAACCUCGUAGGUGAAGACAUCAUAAACUUAGAGUGAGAAUGAUUCAGUGGUUUGUAAUCGUCCAGAAAAACCCAAUCAGGUAAGGAUUUCUUCUUGGGCUCCAGCUGCUGCUGCAAGCUUGCAAUUAAGGUAGGGAGAGUCUGGAAAAUGC